CUGCCUCAUUCUGGGGUGUACGUUUGAGGUUUUUCGCUUACUUUACCGAUUAAUAUGGGUACAAUUCACUUUUCUAGACUGCCCAGGGUUAUGUCUAUACCAUUAACCCGAUGAUAAUGUAAUAAUAAUAGCUUCAAUUUACAACAUGGCCCAGGUUCCUUCUCCCGGGUCUAUCAUUGUAGCGGACUGGCAUCAGUGUAAGGACAGCAAAGAGUAUUUCACCAAGAUCCUACACAAGAAAAGGAGGAGACAAUUUGGCUUAUUGGAGUCCCCCAUGAUGUCCCCCCUCGCAGCUGUAGACACUGUCCAAUACAAAAUAUUUCUUUCUGGAAAGAGUGGAGUUGGGAAAACCUCUGUUGUGGCACGUUUGGCUGGUGUAAAUAUUCCCAAUAUGCACUAUGAAACCAUAGGUAUUGAGACCACAAUAGUGUACUGGCCAGUGAAAAUCAAAGAAAGUGGAAGGGUGCUGUUUUUUCGCCUUCAGCUGUGGGACUGUGGAGAGAAUGCUCUGAAAAGAUUUGACCAUAUGCUCCCUUUUUGUAAAGAGCAGGUGGAUGCAGUUCUCCUUCUGUUCUCAUUCACCGAUCGAAUAUCAUUUGAAGACCUCCCAAAUCAAAUAACCAAGUGGACGGCACCGCCUCUGGACAGGGUUGUCAAAUUGGUGGUUGGCACAAAAUUUGACCUGUUUAUGCACUGUGACGUGGCAGAGCGAGAUGUGCGGGCCUUCCGGUCGACCUGGGGGCUCCCGGUGCUGCGUGUGGGGGGAGAGGUCAGUGAUGGUUUGGGUGAUGUGGCUCCAUUCCUCAACUCUCUGUGUGAAAAUCUGUGGCAUCAGGACUGGCUCCGAGCUGGAGCAGAGAGGGACCAGCCCCACACAGAGUCAGAGACUUUCCUUUGAGUUUUGGGUCUACUGUGUCUGUGCACACACAUUAAAAGGUGCACUGUGUAGUUUUUGGUCAAAGUCUGCUUGUCUCCAUGUAGAUUAUUGCUUCACCUGGAAUGUUCCACUGUACGGCAUUAAACUUAUCCAUUUGGAGACAAGCAGGUAGCACAACCAGGCCAACUUACAAGCCCAGUCUAUGGAGAGGAGAGUCUGCUCACAGUAGGAAUGCAUGUAAGAUGGAGAAGUUUAAUGCCAUACUCUGAAACAUUCCAGCAAAGCAAUAACAUCCCUAGAC